UUUGAGACCACAGAACACUGUUUGAGACAUUCGGUAAAUUAAUGACAGAAAAAACUACGAAACUACGAACCACUACGAACUACACACUACACACGAAGAUCUAAGAGCUACAGUAAUUACAUGCGGUACCUACACAUUUGUUAAAAAUAAAUAAAAAGAUAGGAAAUUUGUAGAUUAAUUUUUGGUAAUUCUAUUCCUAUUUCGUCAUGUAUGGACGUAGCCGAUCUCGUUCCCCGAUCCGCUCCAAGAAUCUAUCUAAACAAAAUGAUAUUGUGCGCCGUCGUAAUGACAAUGUUAUGGACUGCAGGGUAUUAUACAUAAAACCUAUACCUAAGUUUUGGAAUGCUGAAAAAGUAAAGAGUUUUAUCCAAGAUAAAUGCAAAUCAAGGACAAUACCAGAAAAUAUAAAAUUUGUGUUACUUUUCAUAGAAGACAACGGUGACCCUUCUUGUCUGGUCAAAUUUGCAAAUUCUUACAUAUGCAAUUUGGCUUUGAUGGAGCUAGAAAAUGUGGAAAUUGAUGGAAAAAGACUUUUCAUAAAUUUGGACACUGAUAAUCUAUUCAACAAGAAAAGGAAUAUGAACAGAAACAUCUUUAAACAUUCGAAACAGAGAACUCAGUCAAGCCAGAAAACGCAAGAUUACCAAAAUCCGGUACAGCAAGCCGAGCAAUCGCACCAGUCGCAGCCGCAAAUGAACGCGAACACUGCAACGGAGCAAACGAGCGACGCCCAAAGCUCGAAACAUGAAACAUACGGACUCAGUUUGAACUUUUUGGAGUCUUUGAACAUAAAGCUGCCGUUACUAAACAAGAUCUUCAUUGGGAACCUGGACGUCUUGGUUACGGAGUCGAAGCUGCGCGAGGUGUUCGGCUACUGCGGACAAAUAGUCAGCUGCUCGAUAAUAGUCAAGGAUGACAAGCUGUCUCGGUACAUGGCCAAAAUUGAAUACGACCACCCGGUGGAGGCUGUGCAGGCAAUCGCGAUGCUAAACAGACAAGAGCUUUACAACAAACGGAUGUUGGUCCAGAUGGACACCGCGCCGCGUCCGUUCCCAAACAACCUUCCGAACGGUCUGGGCGGCUUCGGCCCGGGCCUGGGCGUCGACGGCGAACCCCUCAGGGGCGUAAGAGUCCACCUCGAGAUGCGGCCCAUCAAGCAACUCCUCGAAAACUUGAAGGAAGACAUACAAAAGCAGAAUCAGGUUAACGAUCUGAACAAAUACAAAGAGAUGCAGAAUGCAAACAGUGGCUUCGAGGCCAUCGUCCAGCCGCAGGUCGCGCCGGUCCUCAACCAAGCUCAGAUACCGGUCAUGGUGCAGCCGUUUGCGAACCAGACCUUCGUGGCCGUGCCCCAAAUGAAGACCAGCGCCGCUCAGAUGCAGGCGGCCACUGAAUACGGCCUGGCCAUGAUGAACGCCCAGCAAGUGUCGCGCUGGGACCAGACCAGCGCGCAGUGGAACGUCAUCCAAACUAAGCAGUUCGAAGAGACCUCGGCACUCGAUGGUAACUACAGCAGGCAGGCGGUCGACGAUAAGCGAGACAGCAGGGCCGCCCCCUCCGCGCAGUCCGUACACGCCUUUGAAUCUGACAACACCAAGCAAUCGACCAGCAUGGUGGUCUUUAGUUAUCUGCCUCCGAGCGUGGACCUCCAGGCCCUCAGCAACAAGAUGCGGGAGGUCGGCGAGGUGAAGUUCGUGGAUGUGCUGGGCAUGGGUCGCGCGAUCGUCAGCUUCUUCAACGUGCGCGACGCCGAGCGCUGUGUCAAAUUCUUUGACGGCUCCAAAGUGGACGGACAGACUAUUGAAGUGAAGUACUUCUGAAGAUACGUUAUGCCGUGGCGGACAGAAGAUAAUAUUAAUGGUAUGGUAGGUUGCAAAAGCUCGAUAAAACUUGUCACAUUUUUCUUGCACGAUCACUUGCACAUUAAAUGAUGAAAUUAAUUUGUGGUUUUAUUUUAAAACAUCAUAAUAAAAAUUGUUAAUCUCAGAAAAUACUGUCGGAUAUUAAAUCAGAACCUUGAUUGUUUGGGCUGCGAACCGUCUACCUAACGUGGGGUAUCUUAUUAGGACUUCCUUUUCUUAUUCCUUCUUCAAUCUAAAUCCACACCGUCUGUUGACAUUCCAAGUGAAAACUACGCAGAAGCGUAAAAGUACAACUGUGCAACAACAAAAACCAAGCAUGCGGAAAAAACUAAAACAUGCUAGUGCUA